AUGUCCGAUUCUACAGGAAAUCGAUUUCUUGAGCAGCUCUCACGAGCGUUUCACGUGGAAAGUACAGCAGUGACUGUUGUCAUUCUAAUUUUAAUCUGUCUACUAUGUGUUUCAGUGACUGUGGUCCUGGUGAUGUUGAUCAUCCACUGUGUGAAAACGCAGGCGACCGCAAAAAGGAGAAAAGGUUUUCGAAAGCGGUUGGCAUCUGUGUAUCUGGAUGAUAUAUCGGAGCGUGGAAAAACCCGGGGGAAAUAUGGCCAACUCUUAUUCAGCAUUCACUAUCAGAGUGAAGACGGUAAACUCAUCGUGGUCGUCAUGCAGGCAACAUUUGGAGAAUCCUCUUCGGUUGAGGCUUUUUCAGACACGUACGUAACAGUGAAACUGGCUUCUGACAAAUACGGCAAAUUAAAGCAAUGCGGAGACCCAGUUAGAACGGAUAUGCAACGAAAAAAAGAAAGCCCGUGUUGGAAUUACCAGUGCACUUUCGAUGUAGAAAAGAAAGAUCUGAAAUACACCCAUAUACUUUUUGAACUGUUUAGUUAUGACGCCGUCAGUCAGGAUAAAAGCAUUGGACGUCUAGCAAUCCCUUUAAACAAUUUUGACCUGGGUGAUUAUAUUGACAAAACUCUGGAACACGCUGAAUGGUUGCAGGCUGGUGAGCCCAAAUUCAAUGGGAUUGGCCAGGUGUACUUGGGACUAAGUUACCAGAAAACCUUGGAAGUUUUGGAGUGUCAAGUAUUCGAAGCAAGAAACCUGAAAAUCAGUGAAUGUAUGAAGGCAUUAAAGCACAAACAAGUUAACGUGCACGUGGAGUUGCGAUGCAAUCAAGUUUCUCUAGGUUCGUUUGAAACCCGUCCCAAAUCGGACCUGCUUACGCCGUAUUUUAACGAAAGAUUUAACUUCAAGUUAAACAAGGAUCAACUGUCGGAUGCAAAACUUACUUUCCAAUUGCAAAGCUGUGGAAAACAAGGCAAAAAACAUAUUCUCGGGAGUUUUGCGGUAGGCUCGACCAUGGAUAUGUCCGGUGGUGGGAAGCAUUGGACAGAAAUGCUUGAGAACAGCCCGAGAAGCCAAGCGAUGUGGCAUGCUUUGAUUCCAAAGGAAGUU